AUGGUAUUGGAUCCUCUGUUUCUUUAUGGUGCAUCCAUAGCAGGAGUAACUAUUAUACCAGCCAUGGGUAUUAAGGGGAUAGCCCUUGCAACAGUGCUUGUGCAGGUGCUUGGUGCCAUACUUGUAUUGAGAAAAAUAAAAAGAGACGCUCAGCUCCCACAGAGAUUAAGUAAGGUAAAAUUGCAGAGUAACUGUUUCAAAGAAAUUAUCUACUACGGACUCCCCUCGUUUUUUCAAUUACUACUUGUCUCCAUUGGGCUUUCUGUAGUUACCUUUUUCCUCUUUCUCUUGCAAGGAAACGAUGCAACGGCAGCGUAUGGUAUAGGUCUUCGUAUAGAGCAGAUGGCACUCAUCCCUUCCUUUGGUUUUGGUGUGGCUCUCUCAGCAUUGGUGGGGCAGAAUAACGGAGCAAAGCAAUAUAAACGUAUUAAGCAAAGUUUUGCUAUAGCACUGCUUUUUGCAUUCUUACUACUACUCAACUUUAUGUUACCCCUCUCUCUUUUUGGGCGCCUCCUUACAGGUAUUUUUACUACCCGCAUAGAGGUAAUACAAAUAACAGAAACAUACCUCUUUUUUGCGCUUAUAGCAUUUAUGGGGUACCAGGUACUCAACUUAUCGCAGGGUGUGCUUACCGGUAUGAAAAAACCAAAAAUAGCCAUGCUUAUUAUUGUUAUUAGGCAGCUAGUGCUUCCAUUUAUCUCUCUCCCGAUUUUUGUCUACACCUUCCAUAUGGGGAUGUUGGGUGUCUUUACAGCUAUUGUAGUAAAUGUGUGGAUAUGCGCCCUACUUAUGUACUUUUUUGCUAAUCGCUUGGUGAAGCAGCAUAUGCAGCAUAACGAGCGUGAUUUAGAAGCCACAGAAACCGUAGCAGUGCAAGACGCAACAAGCGAUGUGUGA